GGGGAGGUGGAGGGGGGGAAUUGGUUGUGAGAUUGCAUCCUAAUCCUCUGGUCUGUCCCAUCACUUUCUGCUAAACUGACAGGGUUUGCAUUUGAGAAUUCUCUAUCCGGGAAUUAUUCUUUCGUUUUCAGCUUAGUAGCGAAAAGAAAUUGAUAUGCCGCUUUCAAAGAGAAGUAGUUAACAUCCACAAUCGACUCUGAGGCCUAUGGUGCAACUGCAGAUUCCAGCAGGAAACCCAGAAAUAGAAUAUUGUGAUCACUGCUAACAUCUGCAAAAGAUUCUGAUUCUGAGAUCCAGACAAAGUGCCUUCUGAGGAUUAUGCUAAUAUAGCCAGCUGGGAUUUGAAGGCUACAAAGGCAAUUCCAAACCGUGGUGAAAAUGGAUGGUCAUUACCAAUACAACACGCAAGACAAUGAAGGAGAAAGCCAGCAAACCUACGGAGAGGGAGGUGAGGACGGAUACCCCUACCAAUCUGACUAUACUGGCCAGGAGGAAGAUGCAGCCAGUGAUGCCACUGAAGGACAGGAUGAGGAGGAUCAGAUAUAUGAGGGGGAAUAUCAGGGCAUUCCUCACCCAGACGAAAUCAAGGAGGCGCGCCGAGCCGCUCGUCGGGAGGCCAGGUUGAAGGCCAAGUUAGCCUCCUUGGAAUCUGAGGAGACGUUGGCUGAGCAGUACGAGAGCAUCAUGGAGGACUGUGGCCAUGGACGCUUCCAGUGGACCCUCUUCACCGUGCUGGGCCUGGCACUCAUGGCUGAUGGUGUGGAGUGCUUUGUAGUGGCCUUUGCUUUGCCCAGUGCAGAGAAGGACAUGUGCCUGUCCAAUGCCAACAAGGGCAUGCUGGGUCUGAUCGUGUAUGUGGGGAUGAUGCUGGGAGCUUUAGUGUGGGGUGGUCUGGCUGAUAAACUGGGACGCCGUCAAUGUCUCCUCAACGCACUGGCCAUCAACUGCAUCUUCUCUUUCAUCUCCUCCUUCGCCCAGGGCUACGGCUUCUUCCUCUUCUGCAGACUCUGCUCAGGGAUUGGAAUCGGUGGCUCCAUCCCCAUAGUGUACACGUACUUUGCCGAGUUCCUGCAUAUGGAUAAACGUGGAGAGCAUCUGAGCUGGCUGUGUCUGUUCUGGAUGCUGGGAGGCCUGUACGCUUCCUUCAGCGCCUGGGGAAUCAUCCCUCAUUAUGGUUGGGGUUUCAGUAUGGGCACUGAGUUCCAGUUCCACAGCUGGAGAGUGUUUGUGUUGGUGUCUUUCCUGCCCGCGGUGGCUGCUCUCGCCGGACUUGUGUUUAUGCCAGAGAGCCCACGCUACCUCCUUGAGAAUGCAAGGCAUGACGAGGCCUGGAUGAUCCUGCGACGCGUCCAUGACACCAACUGGAGGGCGAAAGGUGAACCGGAGAGAGUGUUUCAGGUUUCCCAGUUUAAGACUCCUCAAACUGAGGAAGAUGAUUUUAUUGAGAUCCAGAGUGAGACUGGCACGGCCUUUCAGAGAUUCAUGGUCAGACAAAUGACCCUGGUCAAGCAGGUGAUGAAGAACUUGAUGUCACUUGCAGGCCCUAAACUGAGACUCCAUGGACUGUUCAUUGCUAUUGUCUGGUUUACAAUGGCUUUCGGCUAUUACGGCCUUUCAGUGUGGUUUCCUGACCAGAUAAAACACCUGCAGUAUGAAGAGUACCAGUCUAGGACCCAGCUAUUUAUGAAAUACAAGAUUGAAGAUUUUCACUUCAACUUUUCUCUGAAAAACCAGAUUCACGAGGAGGGCCACUAUAACCAUGACUUGUUUAUCGGCAUAGAGAUGACAAAUGUGAGGUUUAAAGAUGCCCUCUUUCAAGACUGCUACUUCGAGGACAUCAAGUCGACAGACACCUUGUUUGAGAACUGCACCAUCGUAAACACCAUCUUCUACAACACAGAUUUAUGGAGUGACUCCAAGUUCAUCAACUGCCACUUCAUCAAUGUCACAUUUCAUCAUCCCAAAAGCGGCUGCCAUCUUAACUUCCAGGAGGAAAACGACAUCUUGAUUUAUUUAGUCAGUUUUCUAGGCAGCUUGUCUGUGCUACCAGGCAACAUCAUUGCAAGCUUCCUGAUGGAUAAAAUAGGCCGAAUUAAAAUUAUAGGUAGCUCCAUGCUGGUGUCCUCUGGCUGUACUUUCUUCCUCUUCCUCUGCUUCAAUCCCGGUGCUGUGAUCACUUUCCAGUGUCUGUUCUACGCAGCGUCUGCAGCCGCCUGGAACGGAAUUGAAGUUAUAACAGUGGAGCUUUAUCCAGCCUCUAAACGAGCGACUGCCUUUGGCGUGCUGAACAGCCUGAGCAAGUUGGCAGCCAUCAUUAGCACCUUCAUCUUCUCCAAGUUUGUUGGAAUCACUAAGAUAAUCCCCAUCAUACUGUCCUUCUCAGCCAUGGCGUGUGGAGGUCUGCUCUCGUUCAAGCUUCCAGAGACACGUGAAGUCAUUCUGCAGUAAAUAACCAAACCAGCUAACAAGCAAAAAGCCAAAUGUCAGUCUCAUAGCAGAGCUUGGUCCAGCUGGAAACUGGACUUUCUCACACUGAGACUGCUGGAAAAAUGAUUUGAUUGUGUACCUGUUAAAAUGAUCUUCACCUCAAUUACAUUUCCACUAUAUGGCCAAAGGUUUGUGGACACCUGACCAUAACUGCCAUGUGUGUUUCUCCCCAAACUGCUGCCACAAGGCUGGAAGCACACAAUUAAAUAUAAUGCUGUGGUGUUACAAUUUCUCUUUACUGAACUUAAACCUCGUCCAGCAUGACGAUACAACUGCGAUACAAAGCAAGCUCUAUGAAGACAGCGAAAGAAAUCAGGUGUCCUGACCUCAAAUCCUCUGAACAACUUUUGGGAAUGGAACCCAUGACCUCUCCAGCCAACAUCAUCCCACCUCACUAAUGCUCUUAUCACUGAUUGGAUCUAAAUCUCCACAUCUACAUCCAUAAUCUAGUGGAAAACCUUCCCAGAAGAGUGGAGCUUGGUUAGUGGGACUAAAUAAAGCACACAUGGCUGUGAUGGUCAGGUGUCCACAUUCUUUUGGCCAUAUAGUGUACAUUUCUUUUCAUUUGACAAAAAUCUUUAGAGAUUUUUAAGAAUCCAAUCCAAAGCUGAGCAGUUAAAUGCCUUUUUUAAUUAAGGGCAUAACCACUGCCUCUGCCUGGGAAAUGAACUCACUAUCACAUUCCAGCUAUUACUAAUUAAUAAAAAAUUCAGGGGUGCUUUUUCCAAAAACAAAAAAUCAUUGAGGAAAACGAACAAAUUAACAAAGGCAUCCAUUUAGUUAAGAGCCUGUUUUGCAAGUCUACAACUGAGCAGCACAAGCAAAUAGAGUUUAUUAUUAACAUUGAAGAUUGAAUUAAAAAAGAAGAUUAAAGAACAAAUAGUUACUACUAAUACUGUACUAAUAACAAGAAGAAGAAGAAAAAUGCUGCAUUAGUAAAGAAGUACUUUGUGUAUAACAAAUUUCUUGGGAUUCUCGUUGUAAACUGGGAACUCAUACAAUAUCGUCCCUCCGACAACCAUUUCCUGUCUAUUCCUUCCUCUUUACUUUUUUUUUUUU